AUGAUUAUCGGACUUGUAGCGGCACAAGGAGCAUCGAACGAAGCUCUCGCUUCCAGACAAUGUCCGCGCUGGUGUUCUGGAACUUGGCCUAAUUGCUUGUGUACAGUCAAACGAUCGAUUGGCUUUUGUCCGAUCGGAUGUACUGGGCUUCCACCGAGCUGUCGCUGUGAUCGAUGUCCGAUCGGAUGUCAUGGAUUUGCUCCGAAUUGUCAAUGCCCG